AUGCCCAAUUCGUAUACUACUCCUUUGAAAGAUAGGAAUAUUAUGUUACAGAAGGUAGAUCAAUUGUGGAAUCUUCAGCAAUAUGGUAAUACAACUGGUUUACAUACCACCCUCUCAAAAGACAAAAACAUAAUGUUGCAGAAGGCAGAUCAAUCGUGGAAUCUUCAGCAAUAUGGCAAUACAACUGGUUUACAUAUCACCCCCUCAAAAGACAGAAACAUAAUGUUGCAGAAGUCUGAUCAAUCGUGGAAUCUCCAACAAGAUGCUAGUGAGUCGAGACACGUUUUAUUCGAUAUGUAUAUGGUUUUGGCCACUAAGAAAAUGUUUCAAGUUGAAACUGAGUUCGGUCAAAAUAAAAAUUCUCAAUUAACUAAAUCAGGAGGAGCUUCACUUAUGCCUAUAUCAGCUAUACACUCUAAAGAGCAAAAGGGAGAUCAACGAUUAGUUUUGCCAUUCGGUUUUGAAGAAUCUAUUUCUAACAAUAGCAGAGAACUUAUCCCUUCUUCGAAUCCUUAUCCAAUAAGUGGAAUACAGCGUGAAGAGCAACAAAGACACCUAUCACUACAAGACCUAACUUCCUAUGCUGAAACAUUCCGGAGACCAAUCCUUAUUUCAGAUCCCUAUCCAAUGAGUGAAAUGCAACGUGAAGAGCAGGAGAGACAUUUAACAUUGCAGGAUAUAACAUCUCACACUGAAGCAUUUCGAAGACCAAUUCCCACUUCAGACUCCUAUCCAAUAAGCGAGAUGCAACAUGAAGAACAGGAAAGACAUUUAUUAUUGCAAGAUAUAACAUCCCAUACUGGAAUAUUUCAAAGACCAAUUCUCACUUCAGACUCCUAUCCAAUAAGCGAGAUGCAACGUGAAGAGCAGGAAAGAUAUUUAUUAUUGCAGGAUAUAACAUCCCAUACCAGAACGUUUCGGAGACCAAUUCUACCAGAUGAUUUGGAAUUUUUUUAUUGGCAACAGCAAGAAGAACAAAAUCGAGACGUAGUUUCUUCUUCACAAGAAUCGCAUCUGACUAAAGGGGUAUUAUCAGCUAUCUAUCUAGAAAAAGUGGUACAGGGUAGUCUAAUUACUAAUACAUUUCCUAACGCACAUUUAGCAAAUAUCACCAGGACGUUACCUAAAUCCGCUGGAGCUGAUCGAUACAAUAUUCACGUUUAUAGUUCUGCCCCUCCACAGAUUUCAACAGAAAGAUCGAACCCAGAUACUCUUUGA